GGCGGGAGGAGGCGAGGAGGGCGACGGGCACGCGGCGCGCAGGCUCCCGCCGAGUUGGCACAGGCGAGCUCCCGGCCGCCGACGCCCCUCGGCGUGACUCCGCACCCGGCCCUGCAGGAAGCGCGCGCUGAUUGACAGUGGCGGUGUCCCCAAAAGGCGCGGCGAAGAUGCUGAUCCGCGGGUGGGUCUAGACGCGCGGCCGGCGCGCCCGGUGCCCGCUCCCCUCCGCGCCCAGCCAGGCAGGGCUCCGCCGCCUCCCGGCUGCCGAGGCGCCGGGCACAGACCCCCCGCCGGUGCGCCAGCCCCGCGGCCCCGGCUCACCAUGCACUGCCACGCGGAGCUGCGGCUCACCUCGCCCGGCCAACUCAAAGCAGCCAGGCGGCGCUACAAGACUUUCAUGAUCGACGAGAUCCUCUCCAAGGAGACCUGCGACUACUUUGAGAAACUUUCCCUCUACUCCGUGUGCCCCUCGCUGGUCGUGCGACCCAAGCCCCUGCAUUCCUGUACCGGCCCCGCUUCCCUCCGGGCGUAUCCUCUCCUCUCCGUGAUCACCCGACAGCCCACAGUCAUCUCUCACCUGGUCCCCGCCACCCCGGGAAUCGCCCAGACGCUGUCCCGCCACCCCGCUGCCGAGGCUGCCCCUGCCGAGGCCCCGGGCGGCGAGGCGCUAGGCAGCAGCGAGUCCGAGACGGAGCAGCUCACCCCGCGGCAGAAGAAACCCCGCCGGAGUCGCACCAUCUUCACGGAGCUGCAGCUCAUGGGCCUGGAGAAGAAAUUCCAGAAGCAGAAGUAUUUGUCCACCCCGGACAGGUUGGACUUGGCCCAGUCUCUGGGACUCACUCAACUGCAGGUGAAGACCUGGUAUCAGAAUCGCAGGAUGAAAUGGAAGAAAAUGGUGGCUUCCUUAGACUUGCCCUUUUAUAACAGGAUUGCUACAUGGGGCACCUUCGUUCUGUGUAACCUCUUUCAUACCGAGUGGAGCUGCUUUCAACAUGUAAAUGCCAUCUUGGCACAUGCGGGUGCUUUCAACAGCCUGCGCUGAAAUCAACAUCAGAUACUGACACUGACGUGAAAAACAACACCAGGGGUGUCUUCUCCCCCAAAGUGGAUUCUGUCGACAUCUAUGCCUCGUUAGAGGUGCCCUUCAAGUCUGUGUGUUUCGGUGGAAAGCACCAUGGUUGGGCCGAUUCCCAGCUAAAAGGUGGUGUUUGUUGAGAACGUAUGGUUUUCCUCAUACCGCACACAGAAAUGAACUCAAGAUGACUCAUAGACCUAAAUGUGUAGGCUAAAACAAUAAAUCUCUUAGAAGAAAGUAUGAGUAAAUAUUCAUGACCUUGGGUUAGGCAAAAUCUUCCUAGAUAUAACACCCAAAGCACAAAUAACAAAAGAAAAAAGCAAUUGGCCAUCAGCAAAAUUAAAAUGUUUUGUGCUGUGAAGGACAUCAAGGAAGGGAGAAGACAACCUGCAGAUAUUUACAAAUCUUGUAGCUGGUAAGAGGCUUGUAUCCAGAAUACAUAAAGAACUCUUACGACUCAAUAAUAAAAAUUUAAAAACGGGCAAAGGAUUUGAACAGACAUCUCUCCAAAGAAGAUAGACAAUUGGCCCAUGAAAAGAUGCUCAACGUCAUUCGUCAUCAAGGAAAUGCAAAUCAAAACAGGAUGAUAACGGCUUCACACCCACCGGGCUGGUUUUAAUAGGAAAAAAACCACCAUAAUAACAAGUGCUGGUGAGGAUGUAGAGAAAUAGAAUCCUCAUAUGCUGCUGACUGGACUGUCACAUGGGGCGGGUGCUUUGAAAAAUAGUGUGGAAGUUCCUCAAAAUGUUAAACAUGGAGUCACCAUGUGAGCCAGCAAUUUCACUUCUCAGUAUAGACCCAAAAGAUGUGAAAACAGGGACUUGAGCGGAUAUGUGCACAUCCAUGUUCAUAGAGGCAUUAUUCACAAUAGCCAGAAGGUGGAAACAACUCAGGUGUCCAUCAAGUGUCCGUUAACUGAUGAAUGGGUAAACAGAAUGUGGUAUAUCCAUACAAUGGAUAUCAUUUGGCCAGUAAAAGGAAUGAAAUACUGGUAUGUGCUAUAACAUGGAUGAACCUUGAAAACAUUAUGCUAAGUGAAAGAAGCCAGUGAAAGGAUGACAUAUUAUAUGAUGCCAUUCAUAUGAAAUGUCCAGAAUAGGCACAUUUGUAGAGGCAGAAAACAGAUUAGUGGUUGCCUAGGGUUGGGGGGCAGUAGUUGGGGAGAAAUGGAGAGUGGCUGCUCAUGGGCAUGGGGUUUCUUUUGGGGGUGAUGACAUGUUCUAAAAUUGGAUUCUGGUGAUAGUUGCACAUUUUUUGACUAAUAUACUAAAAAUCACUAAAUUGUACGCCAGAAAUGGAUAGUAUGUGAAUUAUAUCUCAAUAAAGCUGUUUUUUAAAAGCGG